GUUCAGUCUGAGGCCGAAGCUUGUUCCUGACGCGCGUAUCGCGAGCCGCGCUGGCGUUCGUUGACGACGCAUUUUUCAUUCGUUUCAUUUUUCCACAUAAUUUUGGCGUUGAAAAAAAUCUGCAAAUACAAGUGUACAACAACAGCGAUAUCGACAAAAAUUCAAAUUUAGUUACAAUUUUACAUUAAAAAACUUACGUUGAUUUAUUAAAAGUGUAAUUUAAAGUGUGCAAUGAUAAUAAUAAUCAAAUAAGUGCGAGCGUUUUAAACGAAUAUUUGAAAUGGGCAUAGCCCAAAUAACUUUUUGUUUUCAUUUUUAUAUAAUUUACAUACAUAACUAAAAGUAAAUACCAUACAAAUCGAAUCAAACGACAAUAAAGUGAAAUUGUGCAAUAAUUAGAAGAUUUCUGUAAGAAAUUAGUAAGCGUAUACAACAAGAAAACCAAAAUCAAUUAAAAUCCAUGUAGAUAGUAAAUAAAUUAACAACAAAUAAUAAACUUAUACAACCGACGAGAAAAAAAAACGGUAAAACUCUACGCCAUUUUGUAGACUAACUUGCAAACACAGCUACAACUACAACUACAACAAAAUCGGAGUACACACACCUACACACACUCAUUCGCAUUUACACAGACGGGCAGCACCAAUACCAAUAAAGCGCGUAAAUGUGUAUGUGUGUAUUACAUAUAUAGAGAGGGGCAGCCCAUUACGAUGUGAGAAGACCUUGAAUUAGAAAGGAAAACAAUCAAAUCAUUUGCCGCCAAAUUGUGGAGAGCAGCUCAACUAGAAGAAGCAGAGAGAAGACAGAAGACACCCACCAAGAAAGCACUUCACAAAAUUUGAAUCAAAUACAGCAUCCCACCUGAAAUUCGUCCCCUGCUCCCCCCCUCUCGGCACCUGUCAAACAACAAGCACACCCACACAUACAUAUGCGAGUGUUUAGGUCAGCGAAAACAACAACAACAACAUCAACGACAAAGAAAGCGCCAAUUUUUGGCAUGGAAACGCCUUCGGUGUGGAGAAAAACGUGUCGUCAGGAACAAAAAGAAGCUACAACAACAACAACAGCAACGACAACAACAACAACUGCAGCCAUGAGGAUGACAACAACAACGGCACCAGGAUUAAUCAUUACAUGGUCACAAUAUGUUGUUGUUGUUGCUGUUGCAGCGCUGCUAAAUAGCCUCGUCUGUCAAGCUGCUGGACGAGCUCCACCGGAGCCCUACUAUGGCCGCUACAUUGGACAGUUUACGAACUUUGCGCAUGGCAUUAAGGGCUCCAUCUAUGCGGUUGAUGAGUCCACGCUGUUUGUGAAAUCCUUUGCCUACGAUGGCACAGCACCGGAUGCCUAUUUCUGGGUGGGCAAAACGCCGCGGCCAUCGCCCGAGGGUUACAUUAUACCCUAUCCGGAGGAAUACAACGGACCCGAUCCGCCCAUAUUGCAGGCGCACAACAAUACGGACAUCAUACUGCGUUUACCCAUGGGCAAAAGGAUUAAGGACAUUCGAUGGCUGUCCGUGUGGUGCAGACGCUUUACGGUUGAUUUUGGCGAAGUUUUCAUUCCACCUAACUUAGAUGUGCCCAAGCCUAGAGUAUUGCCAGAGUUCAGACGUCUGGCCCAUGGAUUGCGCUCUAGCAAUAUCAGCGUAUUGGAUGCUAAGACAUUCUAUAUACCCAAUCUGCAUUACGAUGGCGCUGGACCUGAUGCUUACUUCUGGGUGGGCAAUGGCAGCGAACCCAAUAUUAUGGGUAUAAAGGUGCCCAAUGAGAUUGGUUCGCUGGAGCCGCUGCGUGGCUAUCAAGGCGAAGAUAUUGAGAUACAAUUGCCAGGCGCUUUGACUGUUUACGAUAUUGAUUGGCUGGCUGUUUGGUGUGUGGAAUAUAGACACAACUUUGGACACGUUUUCAUACCCAAGGACUUGGAUGUGCCACCAGCAUUGGGUCAGACCAAGAUCACGCCUUCAUGGUGGUAUACACCCACCACAACCACACCGCGGCCUGUUUACUCCAAUUGCCGCGAGAUUCUGCCCAACAAGCUGCAAGUCAAGUGGGAGCUUCAAGGCGAAUAUUUGCAGAUCGAACUCUUUGGUCGCAUCAAUGAGGAUCAGUACAUGGCCUUUGGUCUCUCUGGCGCCAAUGGACGACCCCAAAUGGCGCAGUCUGACGUUGUGGUCGCCUUCUACGAUACAACUGCCCGCGUCUUCCGGGCCGAAGAUUACUUCAUCUCGGAUUUGUCGCAAUGCGAUGGACAGCGCGGAGUUUGUCCCGAUGAUCGAAUUGGAGCACGCAAUGAUGUCAUUGUGGUCAGCGGCGAUCGUAAGAACGGCGUCACCAGCAUCCGCUACAAGCGUCUGCUGCAAACCAACGAAGCCAUCUAUGACAUGCCCAUUCCCAUCGAUCGUGAAGUCUCCAUUAUCGCCGCUGUGGGACCACUCAAUGCCCGCAAAGAGGCCAACGCACACUCGCACACAGCCAGCGAUCACAACCCCGAUGACAUACGCAUCAACUUCUCAAAGCGCAACGAUCACAGCUGCAAGAAUUCGUUGUAUGAUGUGAAGGACGAGAGCGGACCAAAGGCUUGGCCAACGCGUACAAUUGUGGGAGAGCGCAAGUUCCGUGCUAGCAUUGGACCCACGGGUGGCAAGCGUGGCUACACAGCCAUCACAGGAGUGCCCUCGUGGGGCAUUGCCUGGUACAUCAACGAUCUGCUGAUACCUGAGAUUACGGUGGAGCGUGGACUGACCUAUGAGUUUUACAUCGAAGGAGGCAACGAUCCCGCACAGCCAGCGAGAUAUCAUCCCUUGUACAUCACAGACUCUCCGGAGGGAGGCUUGGGUCAAAAGACUGGCCUGGAGGCUCGUAAGCAAACAGCAUUUGCGGGCGUGGAAUACGACGAGGAUGGAAAUGCCAUACCCACAGGUGUGGGACGCUAUUGCGAAUGGGAACAUCGCACUGUGGAUCGUUCAGCGGAGAUCUCGACGUUCGAGGAGUAUAAGGGCACGUUGGUCUUCAAGUGCGAGGAUGGAGAGCCGGGCUACAUGAACUGGACGGUGCCAAAUGAUGCGCCCGAUGUGCUGUAUUAUCAGUGCUUCACCCACAACAAUCUGGGAUGGAAAAUCAAUGUUGUAGACGCGGGCGCAAGUGGCGCAACCAAUACUCUACAGUUAAGCCACAAUUCGCUGCUGUUCUGCAUAGUUUCGACAGUUGUUAGCGUGGUUGUAAGAAGCCCUCGACUUGCCUGAUAGUCUGUUGGCCAUUAAAUUGCCGUUUAGACGUGUUCCAAGAUCUCCCAGCGACACUAGACACUAGACACGACUCGACACAUAUCCUAACUCCCCAAAAAACCCAUAUUGCAAAUCUUUUUUAACGAAUUUAUAAUAAUUUCACUGGCAUCUGCGACGCCUGGGAGAUCUUUGGUCAGCACUAGAAUACAUAUUAAACACUACAACCAGGCUAAUAUCAUCUGAAAGACAUAUCUUCAUAAUAAUUUGUAAGGUGUAAAACUGUUGAAACUAUGGCGUGGCUAGGAGAUUGGUCUUUGUAUAUUUACGUAAAGGGAAUUCUACUUUUUUUACAUACGAAAAAACAGAAAAAGAAAAGGCGAAGUUAAAAACAGAAAACAGAAAACUUACUUAUACAUUUACAUCUACAUUUACACAGUAAACUUGUAAUUUUUCUAGAGACAACUACUACUUACAUAUAUGUUAUAUAUAUAUAUCCAUAUAACGAUAUGUGUAUAUAUAUAUAUAUAGUGAGAUGAACGGUUCUAUGUAAAUUGAAAGCCGACAAUAAAUAAAACGCGACACAAUGACAAUAAUUGAAAAGUGCGCAAGAAUUUUUGCUUGUAAGAUAAGAAUAAAAAUAAAUAAGCUAAGCGAAUGCCACAAAAAUGACAAUAAAAGGCAAACGAAAAGAUGAAGCGAAAGUUAAGAAAUUAAUUGAAUGGAAAACCAAUACAAUAAUUUUACACAUUUUAAAUGUACUACAAAACUAAAAACAAAAGAAAAGUAUAAAAACAUAUAGAAGUUAUUUAUUGCUACUGACUACUGUGGUGCUUCUUGAGAAUGUUACAGAGACGAUAAUAAUAAUAAUAAUGAUUAAUGAUAAUAAUGACAAUACUUAAUACUUGUAACAAUAAUAAUAUUUAAUGCUAAAAAGAAGGCCAAACCUUUUUGAAUAUGCAUAUGGAAUAAGGAGGCGAAGAUUUAUUGUGAGGAACGAUUCCACUUUUUGUUAUCAAAUGUUUUUUCUUGUAACUUUUGAAAUCUAUUUGCAUGAUUGGUGUGUUUUUUAUAAAUAAAUGUAUACAUCUAUUUUGUUCUUUAAACGUUUAUAAUAACACAAACAAGAAUAAGAAUAAGAACAACAACAUGAACAAUACAACUUUGCGACAGAGAAAUGAGAAAUGUAUCCGAGAGAUGCAACUAUUAACUAGAUUGAUAUUGAACGAUAAGAUAUGUAUGUACUCUAUCUAUACUUAUAUACCUUUUGGUAGUUUGGUAAUUUGGUAAUUUGGGCAAGGGUUUGAUACAUCAACAAAUACAUAUAAAAAUAAAAUAUUAAUAAUAAUAUUAUUACUUACCUACUUAUAAAUACAUGUACAUAAUGCUAAAUCUAAACGAGAGACAAUACAUUUCAAAGCAUAAUUAAUUUUUCUAGUUCUUGAAGAAUAACAAAUAACACAACAACACAAUAAUUACUUAAGCCUAUACAUUAUAAAUUGUCAUCGAUUUGUUGUUAAGUUUCUGUUACAUCAAUACUACAUACAAUCUUAUAAAACUAGAAUUUAUUUAAAACAAUUUGCACGCAGAGCAGAACAGACAACAAAUGGACAAAUGUCAGGCGAUGUAGCGCCAAGUUGAGAGUUCUUAGACAAUUUUGAUAAUAAAAUUUGACAUACAAGUAUAGAUAUAUAUAUACAGAGGUAUAGGCUUACGACCUGGGGCUCCAACGAGUUGGCAAGGACUAAUGACAGAUACAUAUACAUUACAUAUUUCUAUAUAUACAUAGAUAUCAGAUGGGAAAAGAUUUUGCAGCUAAGCGCACAAGAGUCCAACACAACAACCAACCAAACAAACAAACAAAACGAGGCAAAACUCAAAAAUCGAAUAACAAAUUUAAUAUAUUUCAAUUAAUCAACAUGAAUAAUAAUCUAACACAUACACCUACACACAUACACAAAUUGAUAUAUAUAUCUUUAUAUAUACGAAAUUUUCAUGUCGAUUAUCACAUUAUGUACUUAAGUAAAAUUAGAUAGCAAACAUUUUUCUGCAAAACAUAAAACAAAUGAUCGAAUAACAAAAAAUGAACAAAGAAAGAACUUUCAUUAUCUCCAAUUAAUAACAAAUAAUACAAUUUAAGUAUAUUGCAUGAAGAGAACUAAUCCAUUUUAAUAAAAAGUUAAUAUGCCUCAGACGUAUUAUAUCGUAUGUAAAUCCAGAUCAAGAUCGAGACAAGACAACUUGCUUCAGAUACUCGUAAGUGGUACUCGUAGAAACAUUGAUGUCAAUACAAAAAACAAAAACUAAAAAAAUCAAAAACCAAAAAAAAAUCAGCAGCUUCAACAAAGUCGAAAAAGAGCAACAAAUAUUCUAGAAAUAAACUCGAAAACAACAACAAACAACAAA